AUGGAACAACCGAUCCCAGGAGCAGCGAUGGGGAGAGCCAAAUUCAGAGAAAGCGAAAGGGAUGCCGGCGAAUGCCGCCUCUUCGUCGAAAACCUCCAAGGAGCAGCGCUUGAAUGGUUCUCCCGCCUGAAGCGGAAUUCCAUUGGAAGCUUUCGCAAACUCGCCUUGGAGUUUCUCAAGCAGUACUCUAUGUUCAUAGACCGAGAAACCUCCGAUGUCGAUCUUUGGAGCAUGUCCCAAGGAGAGGACGAGCCCCUCCGUGACUUAAUAAAACUAUUUAAGAUUGUCAUGGCUAGAGUCAGCGGAAUAAGCGACAAAGUGGCACCACGUACGAUUCAAAACGCGCUCCAUAAGGCCACGGACUACAUAACCAUCGAAGAAGAGACGAAAAUCUUAUCUCAAAAACAGAAGCUCAAGAAAACUUCAUUGAAGGACCCCGGGUCGGAUCAGAAAUAUAAAAGAAGAAACCCUCAUAACAACAAAAACGUCCAUCAUGGGGAAGAGGAGACCCAGGGAGCGCAUAACUACGCCAUCAAUUCUGGACCAGAGCAAGGCCGGACAAUGGGAAAUACAUGGACCCGUAAUCCGAAUUACGACGAGAACUCCUUCUGCGAAUUUCAUCAGGCCUGCGGCCAUUCGACCAUAAACUGCAAGGUUCUCAGUGCCAGGUUUGCCGCAAAGCUGCUCGCAGGAGAACUCGCCGAAGUAUCUAACGUAAAAAAUCUCAUCUGCGACUCAAACUAUCCUCCGAGAAACGAUAAAGCGCCUCAAACCGAGAACGAUACCAUCUCUGCCAUCAUCGCUUAUGAGCACAAGGCUGAGAUAAGCGCAAAUUCGCUAACCUGGUACGCGCCUAGCGACUUCCCAAAAGGAGUGAUCAAUUUCGAUGAACAAGAGGCCGGCAGGAUCGAUCAGCCCCACUGCGACCCCCUCGGGAUCGAUCUCGUGAUAAGAGAUCUCGAGGUCGUGAGAGUUCUCAUCGACACGGGCAGCACGGUCAACGUCAUCUUCCGCAACACUCUUAAGAGAAUGAACGUCGAGCUAGGAGAAGUCGUACCAUCCCCCAAGCCGCUAACCAGUUUAGAGGGCACGACCUCUAUGACUCUCAGAUCGAUAAAACUAUUCAUUACGGCAAAAGAAAUCACGAAGAUCGUCGAUUUCGCAGUCGUUGACCACCCAACCAUCUACAACGUCAUCAUGGGCACACCUUGGCUGAACGCCAUGAAAGCAGUCCCGUCGACUUAUCACUUAGUCAUCAAAUUCCCGAAUCAUAGCGGAACUGCCGCAAUAUGGGGAUCCCAGACAAAGUCGAGAUGCUGCUUCCUGGCCGAACACAAACCACGGCAAAUCACGACCGUCUAG